AGGUAUUUUCUACACUCAUUACGCUUGAACUUUUUCCAACAUUCCUUCCAAUAAAAAGUCCUAUAUAGAGAUUAGAGACCAAAAACAUCCAAAGCAAAUACAUCAAUAUAACAUGAUAUCACUCUUCAGCAAAGUCAACAAAUCUUUGAGAUCUGAUUCCUCUUCAUCCAUGGAUGAGAUAGUAGAUUGGUCUCAACUCCCUAUAGAACUAUGGCCUAAGAUAGGAAAAUAUCUUGAUAAUCACAUAGAUGUUCUCAGAUUUCGCAGUGUCUGCGAAUCAUUUCGUUCUUCCAUUCCUCCAUCUCAUCCAAAUUCUCCUUCUUUUCCUUUACAAAUACCUCACCCCGUCUACAACUCCCUAAACAACUACGUCAACCAAUCCACUGUUUAUAUCAUUGAACCAACUGAUGCAAGUUCCAACUCCAAUUUAGAACCUUUAGCACCUUCUUCUUCCAAAGGUUGGUUGAUUAAGGUAGAAGAAACAAAGAAUCAACCUGUGAGUUUGUUGAGUCCUAUCUCUGACCGAAAACUAUCAUACCCUCUUAGCAAUAACAACACUUCUCCCAUGCUAUGGAACUUGUUGGAUUAUAGGGUCAUUGAGCUAUGCAAAUCAUAUAAAAUUGAAAAAACUACACCUUUCUCUAGUUCUGCGAUCAAAGUUGCGUUCUAUCCUAACUCUCCUUGGACUAGUGUUGAGGAUUGUGUAGCUUGUUGUAUCUUUCAAGAGGGUAAAUUAGGACUCAUGAAACAUGGUGAUGAAAAAUGGACACUUGUGGAUGACAAGAAUUUCUACUAUGAUGAUAUUAUUGUGUUCAAGGGUCAGUUUUAUGUUACUGAUAAGUGGGGAACUAUUUCAUGGAUUGAUGUCUCUACUUUGAGAUUGAUACAAUUUUCACCUCCUUUGUGUGGUUUUGGAAACAAGAAGCAUUUGAUGGAGUCAUGUGGAAGUCUUUAUGUUGUUGACAGAUACUAUGAAAUUAGUGACGAUAUGGGAAGGAACUAUGUUAGAAGACGCUACGAUCGAGACACUGAUGUUGAAUGUUUCAAAGUUUAUAAGUUGGAUGAAGAAUGGGGAAAAUGGGUUGAUGUGAAAAACUUGAGAGACAGAGCUUUCAUUUUGAGCAAAAGUUGUAACUUCUCUGUUUCAACUAAAGACUUAAUUGGAUAUCAAGGGAACUGCAUCUACUUUAGGGAUACUUAUGAUGCUCGUAUGUAUAAUUUGGAUGAUCAUAGAAUCACUAUGGUUAAUUUUAAUCCUUGCAUUGACAAGACUUUGUGGUCUCGUUCACCUUGGAUGAGAUGUUAGAAUCCUAAGAUUUGCCUUCUUAGAUAGGGUGGUUUUUAGGGGUUUGCUUGGCUGUGUUCUCCUGGUGUUGCAGCUGGUUUCUGCCUGCUGUAUUUUGUAGGGGCCGAUUUGUUUUCAGCUUAGGUUGUUUAUUUUCUGCGUUUUCUGUGGGGUUACCGCUAUCUCGGGCCUUCUGUUAUCGUUGUUCCUUUCUUUAGCCCCUAUCGUACGUCUUGUAUGGUAUUUGGUGGUUUGAAUAUAAAAGUUGUUUCAAAAAAAAGAUGACAUAACAUCUCUAGCUAUUGACUUUCAAAGGCACAAUUGGAUUUCUCUUCCUA